UUGCAAAGCAGAACACACAUAGUGCUUCACGACAGGUGAGCCGCAGAGCUAUCACAAAGCCGAACAACUACGGUACAGUCCCCAUGCGCUGCAGUUGGGCCAGAUGCGGUGAUGUUUCUUUUCUGUCGCGGCGUAUAUCAACACAGCGGAUACACUUUUCCCAGAUAAACCAUGACUGUUGAACGACCUUAUUAGACCAUAAAGUAGGUAAGCAGGCUAACGUUACGUAAGUUAGCUAGGCUAGCCAACUAAUGCUAAUAGCUGGCUAACGUUAUGUCAGUUGUGAACAGUUUGGUCUGCCGUGCUUUUAAGCUAACUUAAACUACGUCUCGAUUUGACUUGUCUUAAGCGAAGCUAAAUCUUGAUUUGAGGUAUUGUAGCUAGCUAUCUUAGUUAUGUUGUUGUUGGUUUUGAUCAGGCAUAACUAGCUAGCUUACGUUUACCAUUCACAGCUAGCUAGCUAAUUAUAUACUGCAAACUACGUUAGCUAGCUAACCCUUGUCCACACUGCCGGUAGUUUUCUAGCUAGCUAACGCAGUUGUUACUUGUUUAGCUAACUAACGAAAGUUGUCUAGCUAACUAAAGUUACCUAUAAUAACACCUAGUUACAUAUUUAGGUAGUUCAAGUACGUUAAUCUAGUUGGUUAACUAGCUAAUCUAUCCAGUUGACCACUAGCGACAGAUGAUGAAAUAUUAACGUUAGCUAACUAUAGUAUGGUCAAAAAGCUUAGUUUUAUUGCUGACGUUAAUUUUUAGACAGGUUGACGUGCUAUUAUGAGUAAACGGGUUUGUGUUGGCUAACGUUAUUUGUUUGGUUGAUCAUCUUUAGGUAGCUAACUACGUUAUCAGCUAAACCUUAGAUUACUCAAUGAUGGCCCCACUAAAUUGUAGCUAGCAAGCAUUUGUAGUGAUUUACUAUUAACGUUAGCCUAUUUCUACCAAAGCUAAAUACUGGUGUUUUGUUUGUCUUUACCUAGCUAAUACUUCUGCCCUCUCUUAACAACACAGACACCUAGCUAGCUAGGUCUCUAGUAAAGAUGAACAUUGAUGACAAGCUGGAGGGGAUGCUGCUAAAGUGUAGUGGGGUAGUGGAUGAGAGGGUGGGGAUAGGAGGAGGAGGUCUGGUCGUCAUGACCCUGGGCGAGAGGGGGUUAGCCCACCACCCCCUGUUAGCUGAUGAUAAUGAUGAUGAUGAAGAGGAUGAUGACCUGACAGGGGUUUCAAUAGUGUCUCAUGACUUGAUUGCAACUGAUGAACUGAUGGUACAUGAGGAGACUGUGAAGAAUGACCGGGAAGAGGGAAUGAUGCAGAGACUCGCACACAAGCUGCCAUGCACGCUCCACAUGCCUGCGAGCAUCAAACAAGAGUUGAAGCUGUCUUCGGAUCCACUGAUGCUGGGAAAGAAAGAGAGAAAGCAGCCCAGGGACCUCACAACAGAGUGUCACAAGAAGAAGAGAAAACAGCGCUCUCCUGCCAAGAUUCUCACCAUCAAUGAGGAUGGAUCAUUGGGUCUCCAGAGUCCAAAGUGUCAUGUAUGUGGGCACUGCAAUGCAGCUUUCCGAACAAACUACCAUCUACAAAGACACGUCUUCAUCCACACUGGUGAGAAGCCAUUUCAGUGCAGCCAGUGUGAUAUGCGCUUCAUACAGAAAUACCUUCUCCAGAGACAUGAGAAGAUCCACACUGGUGAGAAGCCCUUCCGCUGUGAGGAGUGUGGCAUGAGGUUCAUUCAGAAAUACCACAUGGAGAGGCACAGAAGGACCCACAGUGGAGAGAAGCCCUAUCAAUGUGACUACUGCCACCAGUACUUCUCCAGAACAGACCGGGUUCUAAAGCACAGGCGCAUGUGCCGUGAGAGGAAAGCCCACAAGACAGCAGCAGUGGGGAAAGAUGGAGGACUCCUGAGCGACACAGAAUCUCUGGCCUUCUCCUUCCCUGCCAAGGAGUGCUCACUGCCCAAGAAGAAACGCCUGAAGACCUCAGACAAGUCUCAAUGUGCUCUCUCAGCUGCUGCCACUGAAAACGUUGCCACAGUCGCUUCUCUUGGCGACAUGGAUGGGGAGGUGGAGCAAAGACCGAGCAAAAUUGAAUGUCUACCUCUCUAUGUGGUUACCUCCAAGGUGGUUAAAGACGAGUAUGUGAUGGCAGAUUAUUCUGUGGCACUUCCUGACACAUCUAGUGGGCGGCAGUUGGGGCUGGGUGGGGAGACUUUCUCCUCUGAGGAGAUUUAUCCUCCCAAGCUGGUCCUCAAGAAGGUCCCCAAGAGGAGUCUGAAGCAACCAACUGAACCUGAACCACCUGAGAGUUUAUCCCCUUUGUCCUCUUUCGAAGACUGCAAAGUCACCAGGUACACGUUUGAGAUUGUUGACAAACAAGGUCUUCUGGACGUGGAUGUGGCUAACUCUGACCUGGAGCCAGUAGACGCUCUCCCAGGAGGGCAGACGAAACCAGCAUCCAGCAGCACACACUACGACGAUGCCAUGCAGUUCCUGAAGAAGAAGAGGUAUCUCCAGCAGGUUGCUAUGGCAAACAACGACAACCGAGAUUACGCUGUUAAUGUAAGCAGCAUUGCGUCCCACCCUUCCGCUACACAAGUCGCAGUGGCCAGCGUCAUUGACGAAACCGUUCCCGCCACCAUCUUGGAACCCCAGCCGUUGAGUGUCGAGCUCAAGUCCAAUCACGACAAGAACGUGCUCCCGGAUGAGGUUCUCCAGACUCUCCUGGACCACUACUCGAACAAGGCCAACGUGCAGCCAGAUAUCUCCUUCAGUGUGGCCGACACUGAGGUGACAUCCAGCAUCUCCAUCAACUCCUCCGAUGUGUCUGAGGGCAGCCCGGUAGAAAGCUUGGGAGGUAACUCUCAAGCCCCAUCAGCAGAGAAAUCUAGCCUCCUGCACGAGUACUCCAAGUUCCUCCAGCAAGCACUGGAGAGGACGAGCCAGAACGAUAGCUACCUGAGCAGCCAGAGUCUUACCUUUGUCACCGAGAGCCCCAGCCUUUCCAACCAGCCUCUGUUCUCUACAGAGAAGCAGUACCCUUCCCCCAGUAGGUUUACCGCUGGUACUGGUAAGUCAGGGAUGAACUCUCCACUAAGGUCUACCUUGGAGAAACCCCAUUUUGGACUCCUUGUAGGGGACUCCCAGCACUCUUUCUCAUUUUCGGGUGAUGAAACCACUACCUCGGCCGUGUCGCCAACCGACGAUUUUCUGGAGGGAGUUGCGUCCUCGAAAAAGACUGAUGCUCAAGGGUUGCAUCAGGCUUAUCAAAUCAGCACCUUCGAUCAGAACUUCCCGUUGCAGUUCCAGACCUCACGUUCUGGAAUCGCCUCCCAGUUUACUAUUGCCAAUGGACAAGUCAGUCUGCGAAGUCACGGAACAGACUUCUCGGAAUUCCCCAUUGAGACGAGGUCUCAAUUGAACUCUUCCCCUGAUGCUACAAGCAGUCAAACGUUUGGUUGAGGAUAAUAUUUACAUUAUUAUGAUAAUUUUAAAAGGCACUUUAUACCCAUAUCCUCUGUCCUGCCAAAAUAGGUUACACUGCAAAGCUGGGUGUUGCUCAAAGCAUUUAAUGAUUUAAAAAUAUAUAAUUUCUGUUAGAUUAAAGUGGUCAAUUUUGCGAAUCGUGAAAAAUAAAUAAUAAUGUAUAUGAAGCAAAACAUUAAAUUGGGUUUUUGGGGAAGAAACUACAGCCCAACCUAUAUUUUUUGGGGGUAUGGUUCUGAUUUUUUGGGGGGGGUGGUCUAAAACUUAGUUUUAGAUCUAUUGAUUCACUGUUUUACAGCGUGGAAAUUAAGUGUCAUUUUCCCACACUGAAUUCUCAAAUUGCCAUCCAAAAAGGCAAUUAUCCAAUAACUAUGCUUCAAAUAUUGUUUUCAUACAUUGUGAUAAUAAUAUAUGCCAUUUAGCGGACGCUUUUAUCCAAAGCGACUUACAGUCAUGUGUGCAUACAUUCUACGUAUGGGUGGUCCCGGGAAUCGAACCCACUACCCUGGCGUUACAAGCGCCAUGCUCUACCAACUGAGCUACAGAAGGACCACAUAAUGACACAUCAUGAAAAUGGACACAAGUGUUCAGAUCAGCCCAGUAGUGAAAUGGAUUUGAUUGCAUGGUCACUCUAUUUUUGUCUCCAAUCUAAUUUUCUGCUUGACUUCAAUCAUGUUUCUUCCACCUUUUUAUUGCUUUAACUCUAACUAGGUAUCUGUGCCUGUAUUUAUAAAGUGUCUCAGAGUAAUAGGAAAGAUUUUAACUAACCCAAGAUGGACCAGAGCCUGUAGUUUCCAAUGGGCACAAAUUAAUCAUAGUGGGCAGAACAAGCAAGGAGGUGGGCAGAGCCAGCACGAGCUAGUGAGAUCCUAUUGGCCUGUUCUAGCAUUUAUUUGCAUAUUUCCGUUCGGGAACGCCUACACUGAAGUACGCGUGUGCAAUAACUCAAUUCGCCCUUGCACUCCUAACAAACGUAUUUUUAAAAAAUAAAAUAAAAAUUAUUUGGCGAAGGGUGACGUCUACAAAACGCAGUCUAUUCUGUUGGAGAUUCUAGUUUUGGAAACAGAACUGUAUGGAGAUCAAAUGUUUAAUCAAUGAGAAAAUUAGUAGAAUGCCUGCCACAAUUCUUCUCGCUCCAUCUUUUCCCACUGCCAGCCACUGAGCUUGCUAACAUCCCCAUAGUGAGUGGAAAUGCCAACGGGAUGCUUCACAAUUAUUUAUAUAUCUGGCUCAUUGUUUUAACUGUGGUAAUGGUGCUGGUCUCAGGUCAGUUUUGCCUUUUCGAUCAUCAUAAUGUAUGGACAGGGGGGGCUGGUCCUAGAUCUGAGACCAUAUGAAGGGACCCUGUUACCAUGUGACGUGUCGGCAUAACAGUCCUGCUAUAUAACUGCUGAAUGUAUAGUUGUCCACUUGUUGAUUAUGUAUAGUUGCUUGCUAGACUCCUGUUUUCAAGUUGACACCAUGGUAAGAGUGGGUAUCUUCAUGGUGUAUAGCCUGAAAUAUAUAGUUUUGAUUUGAUCAUAUGAUGAUCACAAGAUUUUGAUUUGAUCAAUCUUACUUUGAAGUCAAGUUAUUCAAAGCUCUCCCCCUGAAAGAAAUGUAUGAGUUUGUAUGGUUGAUGGUGUGGAAUCAAGUGUAUAAUUCAUCAUCAAUCACCGGAACUAUUAUAAUGGCUAAGACAAAUCUAGACAUUUGAUUUUUCUUAAUAUUGAAUUGUUUGCACAAUGGACCUUAAGUGAGGUCAUGUGGUGAUAACCUCAUUCAGAUCUUUUUAGAGUUUAGAUUAUGGUUCAAAUGAAAACCGAAAUGCUUUGGUAUUGGUCAUAAAAAUGUUACACAUAUUUGAUGCAUGCACUUAUCAGGAAACAAAUCAUGGGUCAUUUUUUUAUGUAUUAAUCUAGACAGUCAUAGGAUACUUGAAAUUCUCUAAGGGUUGGUACUCUUCGGGCCGGUUUUCCAGUACCAGGUUAAGACCACAGGACAAAAAAUCUCAAUGUAAAAUCUCCACAUCCAUUUAUUUUUAGUUCAUGAGUGGAAUGGGAAAUCAGUCUUUGAAUAUAUAUAAAAUAAACAUUUUGCACACACUUCAUUAUGGGAGAAUGUAUGUCAGUCAUUGUAAGAUAAUUGCCCAUUCAGCACAACUUUAUAUCGUAUAUUAACACAUGUAGCUGUAAGAGAUUCAAACGAUUGCUUCAUUUUAUUUAGGCUCCUGUCCUGGAAAACACAGUUGAAGUCGGAAGUUUACAUACACCUUAGCCAAAUACAUUUCAACUCAGUUUUUCACAAUUCCUGACAUUUAAUCCGAGUAAAAAUUCCCUAUUUUAGGUCAGUUAGGAU